GUUUGUUCCCUCGCAAGACUCUCCGGCCUUCCCUGGGGUGCCACACAGCCCCGGAGAACCGAACUCCUUAUCCGCUUCCCGCCUCGCUCCCCCGAGCAGAAAGGCGCCCCAGUCCUCCCGCACGCGACUCGCUCCCAUUAGGCCCCAGACCGGAAGUUUCUGAUUGGCGGAGAAGCAGAAGCCCCGGGUGAAAAGAGCUUCGAGGGCCACAGGCGAAACCAACGCCGUACGGCAAAAUGGCCACCUCCAAGUAGUUUGGUCGCCCCGCGGGGACAAGCCCCGCCCAGCACAAAAUCGGAAGUCGGGAGAAAGCUAUAGACUAGGUAGGCUCGUCGCCGCUUUCUGCCAGCGGAAGGCUGUGUUCCGUACAACAACAUGGCCGCUACCAGCAGGAAUUCUGAAAUCCCCAACACUUCCUCCCUCCGGAGGAUUUAAUCCCCCAUGGCCACGGCUAACAGCAUCAUUGUGCUGGAUGACGAUGACGAAGAUGAAGCAGCUGCUCAGCCAGGGCCCUCCUCCCACCCACCCCCCAAUCCGGCCUCACCCAGGGCAGAAGCCCCUGGCUCCUCUGAGUCCCCUGGGGCUGGAGGAAGCACUAGUUCGGGCGGCAAGAAAUGCUACAAGUUGGAGAAUGAGAAGCUUUUUGAAGAGUUCCUUGAACUGUGUAAGAUGCAGACAUCAGACCACCCCGAGGUGGUCCCGUUCCUCUGUAAACUGCAACAGCGGGCCCACCCUCUGUUUUUGGCCUCCGCCGAGUUCUGCAACAUCCUGUCCCGGGUCCUGUCUCGGGCCCGCAGCCGGCCGUCUAAGCUCUACGUGUACAUCAACGAACUCUGCACUGUUCUCAAGGCCCACUCUGCCAAGAAGAAGCUCAACGUGGCCCCUGCUGCCGCUGCGUCCAGUGAGCCUUCUGGGAGGAACCCUCCCACAGACCCCUCCUCAGACCCUGCCAAUGCGGAAGCUGCUGUCUGUGAGGCUCCAAGGACCCGUGGUUCCCGGAGGCAGAUCCAGCGCUUAGAGCAGCUCCUGGCACUCUAUGUGGCGGAGAUCCGGAGGCUGCAGGAGAAGGAGCUGGACCUCUCAGAACUGGACGACCCCGACUCCACAUACCUGCAGGAGGCCCGGUUGAAGAGGAAGCUGAUCCGCCUGUUCGGGCGUCUGUGUGAGCUCAAGGAGUGCUCUUCACUGACAGGGCGAGUCAUCGAGCAGCGCAUCCCCUACCGGGGCACCCGCUACCCUGAGGUUAAUAGGUGUAUCGAGCGGCUCAUCAACAAGCCAGGGCCCGAUACCUUCCCCGACUAUGGAGAUGUGCUGCGGGCCGUGGAGAAGGCAGCUGCUCGACACAGUCUGGGUCUUUCCCGACAGCAGCUCCAACUCAUGGCCCAGGAUGCCUUUCGAGAUGUGGGCAUCAGGUUACAGGAGCGACGCCACCUUGAUCUCAUCUACAACUUUGGCUGCCACCUCACAGAUGACUAUAGGCCAGGCAUUGACCCCGCGCUGUCAGAUCCUGCGUUAGCCCGGCGCCUACAGGAAAACCGGAGUUUGGCUAUGAGCCGGCUGGAUGAGGUCAUCUCCAAAUACGCAGUGAUGCAAGACAAAAGUGAGGAGAUGGAGAGACAGAAGAGAAGGGCCCGGGUCUCCCAAGGCACUGCUUCCCGCUCUGCAGGCUCCCCCAAAGCCGCCUUGGAUUCUGGCGAGGGCCCCAGUGGAAUGGCAUCUCGGGAGUGCCCAGCUACCUCCAAGGCUGAGACAGACCAGGAAGAUGAGGAAAGUGAUGAAGAGGAGGAGGAGGAUGCCACUGAUUCUGAAGACAAGGAGGAUCUAGAACAGCCACAGGAAGGUAAGGAUGGAGACAAGAUCCCCAAGUCCUCAGCACAGGUCUCCACUAAAAAGAACCAGGAAGCUGUCAAAAGAAUCUGCAGGGCUUCAGGGGAGCAACAGAGCAAAAGACUCACAGUGUCACCAGCCUUGGAGUCGGAAGAACGCCUGGCCCACUCCAGCAUAGAUGCUGAGAGCAACGGAGAGCAGGUUGAAGAGCUGCCCCUGGAGGGAGAGAGCCCUGUGUCUCAGCUCUUCGAGCUGGAGAUUGAAGCCUUGCCCGUGGACACCACCCCUUCUCCCGAGGAAAGCGACAUUUCCUCUUCCCGGAAGCCGCCAGAGGAUCCUGUUACUGAAGUUGUGGAGAAUGGAGCAGCCACGGUGACCUCCACAUCCUUCAAUGGAGGCGUCUCUCCUCACACUUGGAGAGAUCCUAGUCCCCCCUGCAAGAAGUCUCGGAAGGAGAAGCAGCACCCUGGGUCAGGACAGUUAGGAGACAGCAUUUUGGAAAGGCACAGGGCAGCGGCAGAAAAGAACAGGAAGAUCUGCAUGCCCAGCCCACCGUCCCCGCUGGCGUCCUCAGCCCCGGUUGCUGAUUCCUCUACAAGGGUGGACUCUCCCAGCCACGGCCUGGUGACCAGCUCCCUCUCUAGCCCUGCUCCAGCUCGACUGUCCCGUGUUCCCCAGUGCUCUCCCCGGCCCAGUACCUACAAGAUGAGUGUGGCCACGCAGUGCGACCCCGAGGAGAUCAUCGUGCUGUCGGACUCUGAUUAGCUGCCUCCUCUUCCGCUUCCUGCCUCCGGAAUGCAUUUGGAGGGUGGUGGGAAGCAAACGGCUCCGGAAGGGAUGGGCUCGCUAAUCCCUUCUUGGUGCUGUUUCUUUUAAAAAUUAAGAAACUUCAGUUUUACACAGAAACAUUAAUAAACAAUAAAAUUCUUUUG